AUGGUUUACCUGCAUCCUCAGACACAGCAGGGGCCUCUUCACCAUCACCAGCUUCCUCAGGCGCCCCUUCGACCAGCCUCCCCAGGAGGGCCAGACUACCAGAAAUGGCCCCCAUCCCUAACAGAGAGUUGCCAUGGUCAUCAAACACAGACUCCCUCAGUUAAAGCACGCCUGAAGUUCCAGCAAAAGCUCCACUGCCAGUUUGAUGUCGACCACAAGGGUGCAAAGGUCACUGUGGAGUGGCACAAGCAGCACCACGGUGAGAGGACCAAGCUCUUCAGUUACAACAGGCGCACAGGACAGACCCAGGGAAGUGGUGUUGGACUACGUGCCUUUGCAGCCGGAGAUGCCUCCUACACCCUCGCCUCCACCAUGAUAAGCAGUGAAGGGACCUACAUUUGUUCAGUGUCCGUGAAUCCACUAUUCGCCAGGGUGGAUAUAAAUCUGCAGAUUGAAGAGCCUCCCCAUGUCUCCCUCAAUGUGGGACCCAGUCUCUCACUAAUGGAGGGUAACAAGAGGAAGAUUGUGUGUGAGGCAAACAGCUACUACCCUCGGGAUGUGGAGAUAAUUUGGCACGAGCAGGAUCCAGUCGUGUUGGGCGCUCCACAUCCCAGGUCACUGGAGAAUGUCAUCCUUUCCUACCACAGAGAAAAUCGGGACAUGACCUUCUCGUUGUCGGGCUUCUUCUACCUCCAGGCUGCGCUCAGGGACUCUGGGAAAAAGUUCACAUGCAGCGUCUCCCAUCAGUCCCUGAAAGUACCCAUCACAAAGAGCUUCACCCUAAUUGUGGAAGAGCCAACAAACUGGAUGUUGUACCUCGCUGUGGGCUCUGUUAUGAUCCUGCUGUUGUAUGUGAAGCGGAGCUACCUGCACUCAGCAUGGAGAAAGUUAGCAGGUAAGGUGAUAUAAAAACAAACAAACUGGAGGACUGGGAACGGAGCGAGAGGAUGUGGCCCCAUUCUCAACACACAAGGCAAGCUGGCAAACUUUCCUUUCUGGGGUCCCCAUGGAAACAUCAGUGAAAGGUGGAUUUGUGUUGAUGUGUAAA